GGAGGGUUGAAAGACUAAAACACGAAAGGCAUGGAAUCUCGGUGGGUGCAGCGAUCGGACUAAGAAAGCCGGAAAGGAGACAUUGCGAGAUGGUCCGGCGAAUGACGUUCUGGGCGGAUAGACCUCGUGGGAUCCUGCCACCAAGAAUAUCAGAGGGCGGGGUCGAAAUAAGCCUGCCGGCGAGAAAUACGGUAGGCAAUCCGGUAAAGGACUGGGUGGGGGUAGAGUUGGUGGAAGAUACGGUGUACCUAGUAGUGAAGCUAGAAUGGCGGGCGAGAGGGGAGUUCGGGGGCGUAGACUUGAACCGCCCAGGGCGUGUAGCUUCCGGGGAUGACCCCGUGCGAAUGUUCGAAGGAGCAUGGCAAAUAACCUGGCGGGAGGGAUUUGAGUUUGCAGAUCCGGAACGAGAUGACGUGACGGCUGAGGUAAAAGUCGCCGCAGCAGGGGUCUUUGAGCUGCCGAAUGAGAUCGUACGGAUGAGUCUGCCGCCCUUCCUGCAAAGACGAAAGGGAGGCAUAGAACGAGUGGAGCAGGCGGUAACUGCCAUAAGUAGGCUAAAUUUUGACGAAGCGAUAAUGUAUCGAGAGUACUAUCGGGCCUUUCUAAAGAUGGGGCCUUUCGGGGAUGAACAAGGGGGCGAGGUGCUUUGCAUUCUACGAGCAACGAUGAAUACUAGGCCAGGAGUCCCGCAAAUAAGUGAUGAGACCAUGUGGAGAUUCAUCCGGCGAGAGGUAGAUCGGGGCGCGACCUACAUAGAUGAUCUCUACCGGCUGUAUGAACAGCCCGAGGAGGCUACUGCUCCCAGGGAACUAGGCGAAAUGGCAACGGAGGAGGAGACAGAUAAUCAUAAGAGUGAAGAAGAACCGGGCUUAGGAGGCCGUGCCGCACAAAGCGAAGGGGGUCAGAAGGACAGAGAAUCGAUAAAUCCGGAUGGUACCAAAGGGAACCGGAAGGAGAUCUCCACAGGGGAAAACUCAGGGAAAGUUGGGGGAAGCAGGCAAGGGACUCAGGGGACCAAGGAAGGCAGGAAUAAGGAUAGGACAAACCCCGGGAACUCGGAGGGAGCCGUGUCUAAGAAAGUAAGAGUCACGGAUACGAGGCGCAGACUAGCCGAGAUAGACAAAAGGACCGCGGAAUACAAGGCGAGAUUGAUUGAGGAAAUGAUGACUGGGAACGAAGAAGGCUCUCUGCAGGAGGAACCCCGGGACGAACGACGAACCGGCCGAGGUGGGACUAGACCAGGGGAUAAAGGUAGUGACUGUGGGGGAACGCCGAGCAAAAGAAGGACUUCGGGGAUGGACGCGGAAAAGGCUACGACCCCGCCAGCCAUAGAUAGUAGGGCUAGCCGCCUGCCGACCGCGCCAGCGGUGACGCGAGGGUGCGAAGGACUCUGGAGCCUUAGGGAAAGAGUGUUGGGAUGGUUUGACCCAGAAGGAACUAUGAAACCAGGGAGGGACAGAAGGCCGGCGUUCUUCACGCCCCUUAACCCAUAGGUUCCCUAACCUCUCUUGUACUCGACCAAUCAUUCAAUGCCAUGGUUUGCU